AGAACAAAACCUCUUAGGAGAGCAGGGAGGUGGAAAUUUGAUCACUUUAACCCUUCACUCGCUCCUGUGUUGCUUGUUGAUGAGAUUUUAAGGAAGGAUCUGGAUCUUGCAAAAUAUUCUCUGUGGGUGUUACAGGUUUACACUGCUCUUUCAACACCAGCGUCUUACAUACAGCUGGGAUUUACUCACUGCUCAACUAUGGCAGGAAAUGCUGAAUUUGCUUUUUUAAUAAGUGCUCAGUUUUUUGCUGAUCCCCCUGCAUCCCCAGGCAGAUACUUCGUGCUUUCCUUGAUGUUCUCUUACUUCAGAGAAAUACAAUUUUGAGUAGCAAAUAUGCUGUUUGACUCCUCCUUCCCAGUGCUGCUUGUGGGAGUUACUUUUUCACGCGGCUGAGGCUUGAAUUAAUGUUUAUCAAGCCUCACCUUCAGCCCAGGCUUGGAGAUAACUCCUUGCUAUUUUCUGGUUACUCCAAGGGCUGGAUGCUGGCUUGGGCUGUGUCCUUCAGCCGCGUCCCAGGCAUGGGCGGCUCAGCCUCGGGCACUGCUGCCUUGAAGGUGCAAGUGGAUUUACUGUGACUUCUGCUCGUUCCGCCCAGCGGGUGGAUGUGGGGAGGGAGGAGAGGAUGCUCACAGACACCCAAUCCGCACUUCGUGGGUGACAAGGAACGGCUCUUCAUUAUCACCGGCGAGGCUCAGCAGCUGCUCUUCAGCUCGGCAGCGGAGGGGCACGGAUGCACUGACUGCCGCUCUCCUCCCCGUCUGGACAUGGACAAGCGUGGCACACGUGGCUCUGGGGUCGCCAGAAGCGGGAUCCCCAAGCCCUGGGUGGUGUUGGCGCCUGCCCAGCCAGCCAGCUGCGCCCGGCUUGGCAGCCUCGGCAGUGCCAGAAAUUGUCCUUGCAAAAUGAGCCAGCUUCCUGCAAAGAGUCAUUUGGCAUCCCUGGUGUCAGAGAGCACGAAUUCCAGGGGAGAGUCUUUGGACAACUUGUCAAUGGACGGUUUUUGGCUGGAAGUAGAGAACAUUAAACAGAGCGCUGAAGCCGAGCAAGAGGAAUGCAGCCUUGCAGAUGUCAAAACACAAGAGGAGGGAGAAGCUGAAGCCGAGUGGCUCCAGGACGCAGGGCUGUCUGACCUCCUUGGGGACCGUGCCUCGGAAAACGACAACAUCGUCCUGCUCUCCACCCUGACCAAGACCCAGGCGGCUGCUGUGCAGCGGCGGUUGGAUACCUACUCCCGGUCUCGGAGGAGGAAAAACAAGCAUCCUGUGCGUGAUGUCCGAGACAUUUUUGGAGUGGUCAGCUCUGAGGAUGCAGCAGCCAAGAAAGAGGACUCCAGACCAGAUCAGUUGUGGCACAAUCUACGGACUUCAAAUGUACAAAGAAAAACCCAGGAUUACUCCUGCACAGUUCGAAACCCUGGAAAAGAGGAGGUGUUCAACAUGGAUGUUGCCUACUCGGAGCAAGCAGCUGUCCUGCUCAAGGGAUCGUCAUUCCUGUCUGAAUCUAGGAGGCUAAAGGAUGGAAACGCCCUAACUAAAUUUAAGGUCCCCAAGGGCAGACUAGGAGUGACCAGGAUUGGAGAUCUGUCUGCUCAGGACAUGAAGAAGAUCCCCACACUGGCCCUUAUUGAACUAACAGCUCUCUGUGAUGUUCUAGGCUUUGAGCUGAAGAGAAACAAGGCAGCAAAACUGAAAACAACAGAGAAAAGACUCUUUGGAGUUCCACUCAACACCCUGUUGGAAAAUGACCAAAAACUGCUCCCCAACACCAAGGUCCCCCUGUUACUCCAGGCACUGCUGUCCUGCUUGGAGAAGAGAGGACUUGAAACAGAGGGCAUUUUGAGAGUUUCUGGGUCCCAGACCAGAAUCAAGAGUCUGGAACAGAAGCUUGAAAGGGAAUUCUAUACUGGCCUUUUCCGCUGGGAUGAAGUCCACCAGAAUGAUGUAUCUGGGCUACUGAAAAGAUUCAUAAGAGAGCUGCCAGCCCCGCUGCUGACCGCAGAGUACCUCCCUGCUUUUGCUGCUGUACAAAAUAUUCCAGACCUGAAGCAAAGAUUGCAAGCUCUAAACCUCCUCAUCCUGAUUCUGCCAGAACCCAACAGAAACACUUUAAAGGCUCUCCUUGAAUUUCUCAGCAAAGUGGUUGCCAGGGAGAACAACAACAAAAUGAACCUCUGGAACGUUUCCACAGUCAUGGCCCCAAACCUCUUCAUGCACAAGGGGCUGCCGAACAAGAUCCCAGAAGGGAAGGAGAAACAGCUGGCGGAGGGGGCGGCUGACGUUGUGCGGAUGAUGAUCCAUUACCAGGAUUUGCUCUGGACAGUCUCCUCUUUUCUGGUAGCUCAAGUGAGAAAGCUGAACGAGAGCAAUAGCAAAAGGUACCAGUUUUGUGACAAGCGAAUUAAAAAUUUGUUGCGGAAGAUUCAUGCUGAUAAAGACAAGGUGGAAAAGAACCAGGCAGAGCCUUCCAAGAUUGUGAAAGUCCAUGCUUCGCUUCUCAUGAAGGAUUCGCUAGAGGUGCAUUUGAACAAUGCAACCACAGUGGCUGAUGUCUUGAGGCAGUUUCAAAAGAACCUGUGCCAGAAUGGCUGGAAUAUUAUUAACACUGUCAACCUCCUCAAGUGUAACAACUCAAUGGAAUGCACAAACUUGUUCCUGUAUGAAGUGGGAGGCAACAUUGGUGAACAUUGCCUGGACCCAGACACUUACCUUUUAGACUUGUACCACGUCAAUCCCCAUGCUGAGUGGAUAAUUAAGCAAAACCCAUCUUAUCCUCGGAUGUUCUAAGGCAAGCAUGAGCAAACCGAAGCAUUUGGUGGAGGUUUUUGGAAGGCAUGGAAAAAGCUAUAGAGACGUUCCUGGUAUAGUCACAGACUGGACAAUGCUUGUGUCUUUGAAGGAAAACCAGCUUUAUUUACUAAUUCCGUGACAGCUGGCUGUGAGAAUACAUGAUCCUAUAUGCUAAAAGGGGUGUUGAUAACAAGCAGCACGUAUCGUUAUGUAGCAGAAUUUGCAGGGGGUGUGAUUAUUCUUAAACAAAAUAGCCCUCCCAAAACAAGCCCUGCAAACAAAGCUACAGUGAUUGUGCAGCAAAGAUGGAAAGUAAGAAUAGAAACGUCUUCCUGAAGAUGGUAGAAGACUUCUGUUUCUUCUGGAUUUGCUCUUUCUUUUGGUCACAUCCACAUUUUGGAGGAGAGACAGUCAAAUGCUGCAGCGGUACUAAUGACACCCCUUUGGUAAGGUCCACUAUUGGCUGUUGCACAUCACCAAAAGGGUUUGUGAUCCUGGGUUUCACGAAUAAGAUGCUGUUAAUUUUUUUUGAAGAAUGAAAAAGGGUGCUUCCUAAAAGGCCAGAUGUGACGUGAAGCCAAUAUUCUGUAUUUAAUGACUGCAGUUAAAUACAUAUAUGCCACACAAGAAAAUAACUUUCCUUGGAAAAAAACUAUGGGAUGGACAGCAGCCUUUCAAACAUAUGGUUUGAUAGGAGAGAUGCCUGUCCCAUACAGCUCUGCUGGUAAUGCAAAAAGAAAUGUACAGGUUGCCACUGAUGAUGGUAAAACAUGCAUUUAUUUUGCCGGAUGACCUAUAUAUCAACAGAUAGAUAACCAAGGAAAUAUUCUGAGGUUAAUUUGAGGUCAGUAAUCUGACCUGGCCACAUGAACUGAACUUCUUUUUGGAAGACUCCAUGUGAACGUAUCUGUUUAAAAAAACCCAACCAAACAAACCAAAAACCCCCAAGAUGUGCAGUGGCUGAAAUAAGAGGUCCAUGCCUGUAUCUGGUCGCGUGGUGGGUACUGAAUUGCGCCUUCGCUGCUCUGACUGCGUUUUCAUCGCACGCAGCACAGUGUGGUCACUGUCGUCUGGAGAGACAAGGGUGGAGCAGAACGCUUGCACCUCGCAUCGCUGCAUAAUCAUCAUAUGACCUCGGCUCAAAUUAGGCUGCGCUCGUGGAAGGGGAGUGCAGAAGUAUUGUUUUCCUUUGUGGUGAUGCUGAAAUACCUCACGUGAGGGAACCUGCUAUGCAGUUACAGAGGAUGGAACAUGCGCUGUUUCUGAAAAUCCUGACAUCUUUUUUUAUAUACUGUUUUUAAACACUGUUGGAUAUUUAUUCACGUGGCAGAAGCAGGGCUGCCCUGCCAAGAGUAUACUCGAAGUAUUUCAUUUGCCAAGUCUUAGCUGCACUACAGUGACAAUCUCCAGUAUUAUUUCUUUUUUUUUUUUUAACUGAAUUUGUUUCUAUUGCAGUCUGAACUUUCCCUCCUCUGUUCCCUCCUCCGCCUCCCAGGCUGAUGUGCCACUAUCCCUACUUAUUAUCCCAAAGUCCUAGUUCCUGUGGUAAGGGCACUUCAUUCUGUGGUUUGUCUGUCUGCGUGGUUAAAUUACCUUGGUGGUUGAGAUCCUUGAGGAAUAGGCGAGCCAUAGUCCAUAUUCUUUCUAACCUGUUAAGAAUACUGUAUGAGUGGUCUGAUGUCUUGAAAUGAUACAUAUAUUAGAGAGUCUGUCUACUUUUUUUUGCUUGAGAUUAUGCAGGUGCACUGACUGGCGGGAUCAUCUUCAUAGCUGUCUUUUUAAGAACCCAUAAUAGAAACUUGCAGAAAAACAACCUCCCAACCCUAACCCAGAACCCCAAUGUCAAGACUUCUUGAGGUGCCUCUGUUCUAUAGGACUUAAACUGUGCCUAAAAAGGGCCUGAUUCUUAUCCUUGAGGAUGGGUGCUCUGUGUCUCUUAAAAGAUCAAGCUGCUUUAAAAUCGGGCAUUAAAAAUCGAAGGUACCUAUUCACUCAUAACUUCUGGAAAUCUUUGUUGCAGUGAUGGAGCUUAGCAAGUGCCAGAGAUGUGAUGCUGUAAGAAAUACCGAACUCACAAAGGUGUCGGUGGGAGGGACAGAAGAACCUGCUCAGGGUUCUGCUUGGUUCCUGCUCAGAGAUGCUUUGUGACCUAAAUUGCAUCCCUGCAAGUCACAUAACGCUGCAUUUUUUCCACCCCUCAUACACUGGAUGUUCUGUUAACACUGGCGUCCAUACACAUGAGGGGGAAAUGCUACAUCACUGCUUCUGUAAACAACAAACGAGUGGGGUUUUUUGAACACCAAAUAAUGUGAAUCAGUGCUGUGAAAAACCAGGUUGGUGGGAGAUUCUCAUGAGACAAAUAUCAGUUCUCAAAUAUGAAACAAAAUGUAAAAAAAAUCUCUUUCCAGAUGAUGGAUAUGCUUUUUUAUUUUUCUUUCCUAUCUUUGUACCAAAAAGUAAGUAUGAAUUUUUCAGUCGCUGAUGUGCACCCUACUUCUGAAUGCUGGCUUUUAAUAACUUUUUUUACAAAUUUUUAAUUCUGUAUUUAAAAUUCAUUUAUUCAAUGAAGCAAUAAAAUUAUAGUAAAAUCUCUUG